UAUUUCAAUGUAUAUUUAAACAAUUUAAAUUUACCCCCUAUUCUCAAAAUAAAAUAUUUUAAAUUUAAAUUUAAAUUCCCAAAAAAAGAAGAAAUGUUUUCUAUGAAAUCAAUUUAUUUAAUAAUAUUUUCUUUACUGUUUUUGGCUGGCAAUAUUGUAUGUCAUAGUGGUCCUUCAAAUGAACCUCCAUGUCAUGUUGAUCCAAAUGGGCAAGAAUGCAAGAACUGUCUUAAACAUCAAUAUCCUCGUCACUGUUAG